AUGGCCGAAAUGUACCAGGCAUGGGCAAAAGGGCAACCACCACCAGCUUACCCCACCAACCCUGCCUUCAUCCCACCAUUGGCUCAGUCUCAGGAACCCCCUACUACCGAUUCGUCCCAGGCUACUCCUGUCUUCGUGGUGCCCCCUCCCACUACACUCCACAGAUCCUCCAACGAGCCUUUGUUCCAAGCUCAUGAUAACCGGUAUUACCCCCCGGAGCCCACUUUCAAAGCUCCAGAACCCUAUUCCUACACUCCCCGUUUUGAUCUCCCUGUGGGAACUGAAAAGCCAGCUAAAAAUCCCGAACAUGAGGAGAUGUUUAGGAAAGUUAAAAGCCUGGAACAGUCAUUCAGAGACAUGCGGGGGUUGGGAGGUCAAGUAAGUGUGGCCUACAAAGAUCUAUGUUUAUUUCCAGAUGUUCAACUGCCGGCAGGGUUUAAGAUGCCCAAGUUUGAUUUGUAUGAUGGGCAUGGUGAUCCAGUAGCGCACUUGAGAGGUUUUUGUAGCAAAAUGAGGGGAGCUGGCGGAAAAGACGAGUUGCUAAUGGCAUAUUUCAGUCAGAGUCUGAGUGGAUCAGCGCUGGAGUGGUACACUCGGCAGGAUCACGGAAGGUGGUAUACAUGGGACGAUCUGGCACAAGCAUUCGCUUGUCACUUCCAGUACAAUCUCGAGAUUAUUCUGGAUCGACUAUCCUUGACAAAGAUUGAGAAAAAGCACAAUGAAAGCUUCAGGGAGUAUGGCUUCCGGUGGAGAGAGCAGACAGCAAGGGUGGACCCUCAAAUGAAAGAAAGUGAAAUGGUAGAUUAUUUUCUGCAGGCUUUAGAGCCUACUUAUUACAGUCAUCUGGUGUCAGCUGUAGGCAAGUCCUUCAAUGAAGUGGUGAAGAUGGGCGGUAUAGUAGAAGAAGGGCUCAAGACAAACAAAAUCAUGAGCUAUUCGGAUAUUAACGCAACCACCCAGGGCAUUCAAAGUGGAACUGGGGGAGUAAUUGGAAAGAAGAAGAAAGAGGAUGUAGCAAUGAUUAAUUCAGGAGCUUGGUCCGGACCUAGGGGUUCACCUCAUCACUAUCAACAGCCUCGUCCCCACCACCAAACCUACCCCCAUACCCCGUAUAAUCCACCCCAACACUACUACCCACCACCAGACCCCCAUUUUUCCGUCCACCAUGCCCAAACAUACAGCCAACCUCCGGCCCACGCACAAUGGCGUGCGCCAGUCCCACAAAAUACAUACCCAGCACCACAAAAUGCCUAUCCACCCCCAAGAGCCUACCAAAACUCUCCUGGAUCAGGUUUUCAGCCCAACCAAGCAUUUAAGAACGAGAGGUUGCAGAAGAGAAAAACCUUCACUCCAUUGGGAGAGUCCUAUACUAGUUUGUUCCACAGGCUGAGACAAUUGGAUAUGCUGAGGCCGAUCGAGCCAAAAUUGCCAAAUCCUCCCCCGAGAAAUCUUGAUCAUUCUGUAAGUUGCGACUAUUGUUUUGGUGCUCCGGGGCACGACACGGAGAAAUGUUGGCAAUUGAAAAAUGCUAUACAAGAGCUCAUUGAUACAAAUCGGAUUGAAGUCCAAGCUCCGGAGGCGCCCAACAUCAACCAGAACCCGUUGCCGACCCAUCAGGAGACAAAUCAUGUGCCUCGAGAUCAAAAUAGUGAGGUCGAUGCCCUUGCAAACAAAGGGUCGUCGGUCGAAGACGAUGAGCUCAACUCGGGAAUGUUCGAUGGCCCACUAGCAAUAUGUCUGGGACCAGUAGAUACCGAAUACGUUCUAAGGGAAGUUCACGAGGGCACUUGCAGAAAUCAUUCAGGCGCCGAAUCAUUGGUUCAAAAAGUGAUCAGAGCCGGUUAUUAUUGGAUCGACAUGGAAAAGGAUGCGAAAGAGCUUGUACAGAAAUGUGACAAUUGCCAAAGAUAUGCUCCGAUGAUUCACCAACCGGGGGAACUAUUGCAUUUAGUCUUAUCGUCGUGGCCAUUUAUGAAGUGGGGGAUGGAUAUCGUCAGCCCUCAUCCAUGGGCACCAGCUAAGGCUCAAUUUUAUCUUAUUUAUGACUGA